AUGCCGAAAAAAAAACAAAAUUACCCUCAAGUGAUUCCAGGUUUGUUUAUUGGCAGUUUUAGAGACUCAAAAGAUUUUGCUCAAUUAGAAAGUAAUCAAAUAACUCAUAUAAUUUCUGUAUUGGAUGCGCCAAAGAAAAUUCAUCAAGACAAAAAAUAUUUGUGUAUUGAAGCUAUUGAUAGUCCUGAACAAAAUCUCAUACAAUAUUUUCAAAUAUGCAAUGAUUUUAUACAUAAAGCUCGUCUUAAAAAUCAAAAUGUUUUGGUUCAUUGUUUGGCCGGCAUGUCGAGAAGUGUAACAAUAGCUGCUGCUUAUAUUAUGUCCGCCACUACAAUUAAAUUAAAACAUGUACUUCGACUUCUGAAAGCAUGUCGAUCCAUUGCAAGUCCCAACGAAGGAUUUAAUAAACAACUUCAGUAUUAUGAGUGCAAUUAUUUAUUAGAAGAAAGAACAAGAUUAGCAUCUAUUAGCCAUUCCAAUAAACAACUUUUAGCAGAUGAAGAAUAUUGUAAAAAAAUCUUUCAAAGUGAAGAUCACAAAAAAUAA